CGUACGCACAGACACAGAUACCAAACACAAACACACACACACACACAACAUACACACACAUCUGCAACUAUAUGGACAAAUGAUUGCAUGGCUGAGUACAGAGGAGACAUGUAAAAAGCUUCAUGGCAAGCCGUUUUAUACCCUGGCAGGAAGUAUCUACUGUGAGGGCGAUUUUUUGUACUCAGGAGUCCAUCCACCGCCCCCUGAAGUGUGCAACAGCUGUGGUCGCUCAAUCACGGACAUGGUCCUGCAGGCUCACGGGAAGUCGUACCACUCGGCAUGCUUCCGCUGCGCCGUCUGCAGACAGAGCCUGGUGGACCUGCCCUUCGCCGUUGGCAGCGACGGCGAGGUUUACUGUAUCGUCGACUACCACAAGGCGCAGGCUCCCUGCUGUGCAUCCUGUAAUAAGCCCAUACUGCCAACUGAGGGUAGCACAGAGUCCGUUCGUGUGGUGUCAUUUAACAAAAACUACCAUGUAGACUGCUACGGAUGUGAGGUUGAUUUUGUUUGAAGGUUUUAGCAUUUUAUUGUAUACAAAUAAAUAAUAUUGUGCCUCAUCUCACGAUUUUCUUGCCAUAAAUUCUCUCCGUUGUAUCAAUUUUUUUUGCUGUUUUUUUUUUUUUUUAUGUUUUGUUUAUAACCGUCACAUGAUUACUAUUCUUCCCUCACUACAUGUGUUGAGGUUAUACAGCUUG